CGAGGGAUGGGUGGAGAUGACUUUCCACUUACUAAACUCUUGUUGGCAGACAUGUAGAGAGUGGCUGACAUUCUAAUGAACGUUUAACUGUAUAAAAUAACUGCAGGUACAGUGUAACAUCUUAUUUUGUCCGUUUUGCAGUGGGAAGGGGACAUUUCAUCUCAGCUCUGUCAAGUAUGGAGGAGUUCAGCUUGGUCCGCUGUGACAGCCUGGAUACAGCGUCUGGCAGUGACAAGGAGCUGACGACCCGCUUCGACCACAGGAGUCUUUAUCCUGAGGUGGCGCCUUCGCCAGCAGAAUUGGAUCAGUGUGAAGCAGAACUGGGCACCCUGCUCAGCAUCAUCGCUGAAGUGAACAAAAAGAUGGGCUCACUGAAGGCGCCAAGUGACCCAGGUGAUUUGAGACCACCAAGACCACCCAGCCCUCUGUUUCCUGACCUGCUUUCACACAGGCUAAUGAGAAGCAUCCCGGAAAAGAACACUGCCUCUGAUGUCAAAUGUAGACCUUCACUGCCUUACCGAGGAGGCUGUAGUAUCAUCUGGGCAGAACUCAAGGGCGCUCUGGCUGCUGUGGAGGACUCCAUCAACUGCAGAAGGUCCUGGGCAGCCCCCAUCACAUCCUCUGACCGAGACAAACCCAAAGAGCAUCUGAGAGCAGCUCAGGACAGCUGGGCUAAGGCUACUAAGAUUUUGGAGGAAAUGGAAAAGGAAUUUGGGAUUUCUUGUCCAUCAGAUGUGGCAAAGGAAACAUUUCAGGAGGUGUUCAUGGAAAAGCGUAUAGACUCUCCUCCCUCGCAGGCUCAAGUGGGAGAACUCCAGGGAGCACACAGCAUCAGCCAGGUGGAAGAGGAGAAGAGCAAGGUUGGUCAGCAGAGGGCCUGGAGGUCUGCUAUUUACUCGCCUCCAUACAGAUCUUCAGGCACCACUGGGCCUCUAAGUACAGACAGGGCCUCUUCCUUUCCGAAUUCUCCUUUACUCCUCAGAAGAGCUGCAGGAGGAUCAUUAUCUUCAGGAGGUGACAGCUCCCCACUGACCUUUGUUACCUCAGGAAGUCCUUGUCCAAGCCCCAUUGGCCUAGAGACUGAGAUAGAACGGCUGAAUAGGUACAUUGAGAAGCUGAAGGCCAGAAAUGAACGUCUGACUGUUGCUUUGGAGCGAAGGCGGGCAGAGUGUGAGCAGAUCAGUGUUACACUAAAGAGGUUUGAGGCCGAUUGCUCUGCCAUGCACUUGGCUCUCAGAUACUGUGAAGAGUGUGAAGAGGCCUACAGCGAACUGUUGUCGCUUUAUGAUGCUCAGAGGCAACAAAGCAUUCCUCUGCAGACCAACAGAGCAGGCGUCGAGGACGAGCAGCAGCCGGGCAGUCCAUCACAGCAGCACAACAAAAUGGGAAGCGAGGAGUUGUCCACCUCCUUCACAAUAGUAGAGGUCACCCAGGAGAUGGAAACAGACACAGCACAGAGAACUCCUGAACUGACUGAUCGAGAGGUUGCGCUGCGUCAGCUAAUUGAACGGCUGAAAAGAGACCGGGCGGCCAUUUACCUCCAUAAGCCACGUCCACAUCAAGCAGAAGUCAAAAUGAGCCCAGAUGCUGGUUACUCUGCUGGCCACUUAUCAAAAGAUAACACCAAGCCUGCUGAAAGCAAGAGAGAUAAGACAUCUUUGUUCCAUGAGCUGAUCACGGCCAGGGAAGAGAUGUCAGAUCUCCGUGCUCUGAUUCGUCUGAAGGAGAAAGAGCUCAGGUGUCUGGAGUGGAGUGUGGUGGCCCAAAAAGCACAGGAAGCAUCUGAAGCACGUGUUCCAGAAAGCCUCCGAGAGGAGCUUGGGGACUGUAAGACUGAACAACAGAGGCUCUGUGAGAAUGCAGCUAAAAUGUGUAGUGAUGGUGACGUGGGUGGGCUCAGGACGAGGCCCAUAUUGAAAGAGCUGCAGGCACUGCUUCAGAGGGAACAAGCCCUAAAGAAGAGACUGGCUUUAGUUUAUGACUCACUCAAUGCAACACUCCCAGACAGCGCUUCCAACAGCAGGGACAGUGACGAGCAUGUUGCACGGAUUGCACAAGCUCACAGUAAGGCCUUGAGCUCAUACAGACACAUUCGCAGAAAGUACAGGGAGCAGAUGUGGAAGCUGGAGCAGAAACUAGCAGCCAUGAUGGAGAGUCAGCACAUCCAGAGUGAAACGACGACGGCGGCGGCAAGGGAAGAUUCAGAAUGGAGGAGGGAAGAGACUGUUCUGUAAUCCAGUUAUGCGUCACAGAGACAAACUAACUGGACAUCUUCAUGGGUCGAGUCCUGCUUGUACGGUUGUGACUGUUUCAAGCAACCUACUUCAGAUAGUGUACAAGACCUGUUUAAAUAUGUAAGACGUGGAAAACACUGCUUGUUCAUCCAUUGUGGGAGUAUAAUAAACCUAAUUUAAAUUGCAUAGCAGAACUCAAAGCCACUCCAAUAAGAGGGCACUGCACAAAAUACAUGGGCACCAUAUUUUAUGUUAUUGUUUAAUGUCUCUCCCAUUAUUAAAAAAAAAAAAAAAACUUUUU